ACAAAAAUUUAAAGGAUACUUAGAUACUGGUGCACAGUUAAAUGUUAUAACUCACAAUUUAGUACAACUGCUGCAUUUACCUGUAACAGAAACAACUGCAGUACUCAAAGGUUUUACCGGUGAUACUAUACCAGCUUUGGGACAAACCAAACUGUGUCUAGAAGUUGAUGAUCUAAAGUUUGAUACGACUGCAGUUAUAACCCAUUUAAAGCUUCCUUCGGAUGUGGAUAUUCUUGUAGGACAACCUGUAAUCAAUGCAGAAGGAGUUUCACUGAUAACAACUCAAAAUUCAGCAAAACUCAGAAGAGGAAACGAUCUGAUGAUGAUUAUCAAUGAUGAUGAAACAGAUACCAAGUUUAAAGUGACUACUUGCGAAGAUAUACUCAUACCACCAAAAGAGUCCAGAUUUGUGGAAGUAGCUGUAGUGGGAAAUAUUAAGGAUCGUGAUGUUUGCACCACUCCCAGGAUUUAUGACAUGGACAAUAAGUUUUUCGCUGUACCUGCGACGCUACUCACUGGAGAAAAGGGAUAUUUGAAAAUAUACAACGUGGGUGAUGGAAAACUCAAGUGGAAUCAAGGCGAUUUGAUUACUCGCGCCAUUCUGUGCGAUGCAGUUCAUAAGGCUUCUGAUAACACCGACGAGCUUCUGGCCAGUAAUAGUAAGGAUGGCCGAUGUUAAUCGCUGCUUUCGGAGGGAAGGCGGCAAAGGCGAGAGCGGGCGGAGGUGCGGAGCGCGGGGCCACCGAUCAUUCACUCACUCGGCCAGCCGUCAUCGUCUCGUACAUUCUAUCGGAUCAGCUGUGCGCGUCGGAAUAGAUUACCUUAAUAAAUAAAUAA